UCCUGCCGCAACCGUUCGGGCUCGAGCGCCCUGAGGUAAGAAGGGCCAGCGUGAUUUGAUAGGCCCUGCGGGGCCCAGAGACAUCCGAGAAGGCUGGCGCGAUUCUGCGGGUGGUGGCGGAGUGCGGCCGAGCGGGCGUUGCCUUUUUCGCUCGGGUAACCUUCCGUCACGCGGCCACGGCGAUGGAGGCGCCUAUGGGUCGCGCGCGGCUCGCGGAGGGCGAGGUGAUUCGGCGCAGGGAGGCGGCUGGAUGCCGCCGAGCAGCGGCCGACCGCUGGCGAGCAGCAGUGGGGCGCGGCGCGAGAUCAAGGCGCUGGACAGGCUUCGCCGGCGGCAGGAGGCCAGAUGGUCGACGCGAGGCUGCUCAACAAACCGAGGGCCUUCGCGGGCCCGCAUUCAGAGUGGUUCGAUUUCGAGGCCCACGCCUAUGUGGUUCACCCCCGACUGGGGGGGCUGAUCCACCAAGCGUCGCUCGCGGCGGACGUGGUUGCUCCGCGGGGCGACGCGGGCAAGGCGCUGAACGCGAAGCUUUACUGCAUCUUGGUCUCGGUGACUUCGGGCGCGGCGAAGGUCGAGGUCAGGGAGGCGCCUCGCGGAGACGGCCUGGCUGCUGGGCGGCACCUGCUUCGCGAGUUCGCGCCGAAGGAGGCAAGGUGGUUCGCGGCCGCGCUGGGCCGCGUCAUCAGGCAUGAGUUCCCAGACCCAGUGGUGACAACCUUGGCGGAGGUCGAGCAGCUCGUAAGGGAGCGUUCGGACCAAAGUUGCGACGUGAUCUCUGACAACAUGAAGCGAGGGGCCAUCAUUCCGGGAAUAGAAUUCGAGAUGUUGCCAGACCACCUGGGCUUGAACGCUACCAGGUUGGCGACGCACGGCGAUCUGAAGAACGAGCUCAAGAUGAUCUGUUCGGCGCAGCAGCGCUGGGCUGCACCUGGUGCUGGAGGCGACGGUGCCGUUCCCGCGCAGGUCGACGCCUCCGGCGAGGGCAAGGGCAUGGGUGGCCAGAAAAGGCAACGGCGAGGACGGCAGAGGCAAAGGCGAGGGCGAUUGCAAGGGGGAGCAGGGCUACUCGAAGGACAAGAACCGCGAGCCCCGCAGCGCGCGUGCGACGACGCGCGCGCGUGCGCACUUCGUCCCAUUUGCUUUAAGAAGUUUUUGGAAACGGAUGACCUGUUGAUCAACGAGUGUGGGAGCGUACCUUUGAGGGGGCGGGGCACUUCCGGCCUGUCAUGGGUGGUCUGAAUUCAUGGGGGAAAAGAGCGAGGAGGCGCAUUCAGAUGUUAGCUGCAAUGCGCGAGGCCGGCUUGAUCCGUCCAGAGCGGUAAUGGUGA